AAGUAAUAUGGUAAAUGUAGUUCACGGAUAACGAAGUAGAUGGCACUGUAAUUUGUUUAACGAGGACAGAUAAUUUCGUGUCAGUCUCUUUAUUAAUGUCUUGCUGUAUAGAAGUCAUUGUAGAGUAAAAAGUAUGAGUGUGAGGAAAUAACUACCUAUCUGGAUGCCGUACCGAAAAAAAGUGUGCAACAUGGAAUUUCAUAGUUACAGCUUGAUCUGUAUUAUAGUGUAGGAGUUAAAAAAAAGACUUGGAUUUCUACAAUACUUUGGACUCGAAUAAUUCUUAGGUAGAAACAUGAAAAUUUUGGGCGUGAAAUUUGUACCACUAAAUGUACCUCUGGAAAAAAGACUACAAACAUUAGCCGCUGCGACAUGGGUUAUUGUCUCAGCUUUUGGUGAUGCUUGGGGAUACUUAAUCACGGCCUAUCUUCUGCUCUACACAGACAUAACACGAUACUUCCUCCUACUAUAUUUCCUCUGGAUGUAUUACGAUUGGGACACUUGUCACCGUGGUGGAAGAACUGAAUUAUUGACAAAAGUAGUGAGAAACAACGUAUUUUGGCGUUAUUUUUGCAAUUAUUUUCCGUUAAAAUUAGUGAAAACGGUGAACCUAAAUCCCAAUAAGUCUUAUCUUUUUAUUUGUGUACCUCAUGGCAUUUUGUCGAUGGGAAUAGUGGGUUCAUUCGCAACGGACGCAAUGGAUUGCAAGAAAUUAUUUCCCGGACUAGAAAUACAUCCCAUUACUCUCGAUCAACACUUCAAAGUGCCUUUAAUCAGAGAAUAUGUUUAUUCUUUAGGUUUCUGCGCUUCUAGCGUGAGAAGCCUCAAGCAUUUACUAUCAACUCCGCCGAAAAGACCAUAUACCGGAAAAGCUACACUUCUCGUCGUUGGUGGUGCUUCCGAAUCAAUGGAAUCUACGCCGGGCACUUAUCGUGUCCUUGUGAAACGAAGAAAAGGCUUCGUGAAAUUAGCACUAAAACACGGCACAUCAUUGGUUCCUGUUUUAUCUUUUGGUGAAACGGAUUUGUACAAUCAAAUAUAUCGUCCAGAAGGAUCGACGUUCAGACGCGUACAGAACUAUAUUCGUGGUUUAAUUGGACUAGCACCCGUUGUUUUCUCGGGCAGAGGAUUCUUUCAGUAUUCAUUUGGCCUUAUUCCAAAGCGAUUACCUGUCACCGUAGUCGUUGGCAGUCCUAUUGAACUGCCGAAAAUAACGGACCCCACACCUGAAGAAAUUAACACAUAUCACGACAAAUUCACAAAGCAACUGAUAGAACUCUUUGAAACGCAAAAGCACAAUUAUAUAAAAAAUGCAGAAAAAGUUACCCUCGAAUUCAACGUAUAAUGCAAUGCAUAUUUUCAAAUCAUAUAAUUUAGAAUGUAUUAUAGAUAUGUUUCUGUUUUUAAAUUUCUAUUUCAAAGAUUGCUACUCUCUCUGUGUACAAUUCAAAUUUAUGAUCUGAUUAAAUACAAAAUAUGGUCCUUUAAAAAUUAAUCA